CAGUAGCCGGGGACGGGAGUCGGGAGCCGCGGCCUCCCGGACCCUGCUGCCCAGGCCAGCUCAGGGAGAGCGGGGAGUAGGAAAACCCCACCCUCGGGGCACCCCCGGAGCGGAGGCGGGAGCGGGGACGGGAGCAGCCUCUCUCCCCGCUGGAGAGGAGACCCUUACCACUCGGGCGAGGGGAAGAAGAGACCCCUGUAGGGGGGAGUCUCUCCUAGAGGCGAGGAAAACCCCCAUCCUGGCCCGGGAAUAGAGCUCCAGAAGUAGAAAGGGGUGAUCUUACUAAAGGAAGCAGACAGAGUGAGACCGCCCCAGCGUGCCUCCACCCCUCCAAACGCACACUCUGAGCAGUUCAGGACUUUUUGAGGCUAAGAGAAAGGGGGAAAUGCCUAUGGAGUAGGCGCCCUCCAUCCUAUCCAGUACUCACAGGGGAGAGGAGUCCUUACAUUCAGAAGCAGAGGACACUCCAGGGAAAGAAGAGGAGUCGGCUUUCAGCCUUUCAGGAGAGGGGAAGAACUCUCCUCUCAACUUCCUUGUACCUAGACAGUGGAACAGGGCAGAGUCCCUCCGCUCAGAUCUCCACCAGACAGAAAGAGCCCUCCACUCCCGAAAGAUCCAGUUUGGGGGGGAGGGGGACUCCCCCAAGGGGGAGGAGACAACUCCUGGUUGGGAGAGGCUCCUCCCCUCCUCCCCAGGGUUACAGGCAGGGUGUGGGGGGUGUGCCACCUUCCCCAGGUAGGGCCUCCUUCUCCUCCUCCCCCUCCUCCUCCUCCCAACGCUCCUCAUCCUCAGGGGACCCAGUUCCCCACCCCAGCUUGGGAUGCUCAGCCAAGUACUGGAAGAGCCACUGAGGAUGAGACUCUUCAUCUGCCUUUGAAGAGGGGAGUCCCUCCAACCCCAAACUCCAGUACCAGGUGGUUCCCUCCCUUUGCUGGGGGAACCUUGGAGACAGAACCCAGAAGUACCAUGGCUUCUGACCUAGAGAGUAGCCUUACCUCCAUAGACUGGCUGCCCCAGCUGACCCUUCGAGCUACCAUUGAGAAGCUUGGGAGUGCCUCUCAGGCUGGGCCUCCAGGCGGCAGCCGCAAGUGUCCCCCAGGCUCACCCACAGAUCCAAAUGCCACCCUGAGCAAAGAUGAGGCAGCUGUGCACCAGGAUGGCAAGCCACGGUACAGCUAUGCCACCCUCAUCACCUAUGCCAUCAACUCCUCUCCAGCCAAGAAGAUGACCCUCAGUGAGAUUUACCGCUGGAUCUGUGAUAACUUCCCCUAUUACAAGAAUGCUGGCAUUGGCUGGAAGAAUUCAAUUCGGCACAACCUUUCUCUCAACAAGUGUUUCCGGAAGGUGCCUAGACCUCGGGAUGACCCUGGGAAGGGCUCUUAUUGGACAAUUGACACCUGCCCUGACAUCUCCCGAAAGAGAAGACACCCUCCAGAUGAUGACCUAUCCCAAGACUCACCAGAACAGGAGGCAAGCAAGAGCCCACGGGGAGGCGUUCCAGGGGGUGGAGAAGCCUCACUGCCUUCCGAGGGGAAUCCUCAGAUGUCCCUUCAGAGCCCCACAUCUAUCACCAGCUACAGCCAGGGCACGGGAUCUGUGGAUGGUGGAGCGGUGGCAGCAGGGGUUCCAAGCCGAGAAAGUGCCGAGGGUCCUCCUCCCCUGUAUAACACCAACCAUGACUUCAAAUUCUCCUACUCAGAGAUCAAUUUUCAGGAUCUAAGCUGGUCCUUUCGCAACCUCUACAAAUCCAUGCUGGAGAAAUCCUCUUCCUCCUCUCAGCAUGGCUUCUCGUCUCUCCUGGGGGACAUGCCGCCCUCUAACAACUACUACAUGUACCAGCAGCCGCCGCCGCCGCCGCCGCCGCCCCAGCACCGCCGCCCCCCCCAGCAGCCGCCGCCCCAGCAGCCGCCGCAGCAGCCGGCCCCCGCCCAGGGACCCUCCGCUGUAGGGGGUGCGCCUUCACUGCACACCCCAAGCCCGGAUGGUUGUACCCCAGCCGGGGGAAAGCCGGCUGGGGCCGAAGGCUAUGGGCCUCCUUCCGUGAUGGCCAUGCACCCACCCCCACUGCAGCACGGAGGCUACCACCCACAUCAGCACCAUCCCCACCCCCACCCUGCCCAGCAGCCGCCGCCGCCGCCGCCGCCGCCGCCGCCGCCGCCGCAGCCGACUCAGCAGCAGGCGCAGGGCCAGGCUCCUAUCAACAGUACUGGCUUCGCCUUUCCUCCUGACUGGUGCUCCAAUAUCGACUCCUUAAAGGAAAGCUUUAAGAUGGUGAAUCGGCUCAACUGGUCCAGCAUUGAGCAGUCACAGUUCUCAGAACUGAUGGAGAGUCUGCGACAGGCAGAGCAGAAGAACUGGAGCCUCGACCAGCAUCACAUUGCCAAUCUGUGUGACUCUCUCAACCACUUCCUUACCCAGACUGGUCACGUGCCCCCCCAAGGGGGCUCCCACCGGCCACCAGCCUCUGCCCGUAUUGCUGACUCCUGUGCCCUUACCAGUGGUAAACAAGAGCCAGCCAUGAACCAAGUGAACUCUUAUGUGCACCCACAAGCCCCCCACCUCUACCCUGGCCCAUCACCAAUGUACCCAAUCCCCACCCAGGACUCAGCAGGAUACAAUCGCCCAGCACACCAUAUGGUCCCUCGGCCACCGGUUCCCCCUCCGGGCACCAACGAGGAGAUCCCUGAUGACUUCGACUGGGACUUGAUCACUUAGGGCAUCAUGGAGAGCAGCCCUGAGCCCGAGGCUGGGCAGCGAAGUCUGGCAGUGGGGCAAGAACGGCCCUGGCCCACCCCUUCCUCCUUGCUGUAUAUACUUAUAUAGCCUCUUUUUUUCUUGCUCUGUCAGAGGAGCCACCGCGAGAUGCUGCCGAAGAUAACCCCCCCUUUCCUGCCUCCUUCUUCCUCUUCCUUCUUGUUUUUUUCCGAAUUCUUUUAUUAUUAUUCUUAUU